GUGACGUUUCUCAUUCGCCUACCCGGAAAUGCCAGCCAAGUCACGCCAUUGAGAUCCGCGAAGGCUUUUUGUGUUUAUCUACACAUGGAGUAAAUAUUCCGCUAAGUCAGGUGUUGCUGAGGCCAUGGAUUCAGAGAGUACUGAGGACCCGCUGUCAGCCCAAGCAGACACUUUCAACUCCAUCCGGGAGCGCACCAUCGCAGAGAACAGCAUGGUGGUGCUGCUGCAGGGCCUGCGGGGGGAAGUGACCACGGUGGACCUGAGGAAUGAGAGCACAGCACGGGGCAGAGUGGUCAACGUGGACGCAUUCAUGAAUAUACGACUUGAGGAGGUGCUUUACCGUGACCGGAAGGGGAGCCUCACUCAGCUGCAGGACCUGUUCAUCACUGGAAGAAAUAUCCGCUAUGUGCACAUCCCAGACCACGUGGACAUUAUGAAGACGAUAGAGGGUCAACUGGCAAAGAUCCACCGUGUCCGUAACUUUGGUAAAGAGGGGGGAGGAAGGAAAGAAUUUGCCAAGAAGAGAAAUUAGCAAAAGUUUGUUGGCAUGGAAUCCCAAAAAUAUUUUUUUU